UUUCCCAUUCAGUCGGCCGCCUCGGAUGACGACUCGAAUGACGACGGCGACGACGACGACGCAGCUCUGCAUGACCGAGCUGCCAAGCUUUGAGACGUUUGCGCGCGUCGUGGAGAUCGAGCUCGACCGCGUCCGCGGCGAAGAGGAGCAGUUCUUGCGCUCCAGCACGGGCUUGAGCUCGACGAUGAAGGACCUCGGGCACACGUAUGGCCGCAAGUACUUUCGCUUUCUCCUCGGCGACGCUGUUGCCGCGCUCGGCGGCCUCCACCGCGACCAGGUCCUCGCCUUGGCCAAAGAUGUUGUGCAUCGCAUGGUGAGCUCGCUCGACGACCAUGCGCCGUACCGCCUGCGCCUCAGCUGCGCGUACAUCCUCGAUGAGUUCCACGCCGCGUUUCCGCAGUCGGUGCGCGGCUCGACGAUCGUAGUCGGUGGCUCGAUCGUGCUUCGUAUCGUGUGCCCCGCCAUCAUCAAGCCCGAGCUCAUCGGGUUGCCACCCCACGCCGCGACCGCGCUCCCCAACGCGAUUCUGCUCGCCAAGCUUCUUCAGCAUUCGAUGCGCGGGACCGAGUUUGACAUGGCCUCGGACGACCUGUACUUUGCAAAGGACUUUGUGGCAGAGACCAAAGAACUCUUCGCUGGGUACCUCGCAGCGUUCCCGUCGACCAAGAAGACGGGCCCCAUCGACGUUGACUGCGACGACGAGCUGCUCGACACGAUGGUGCUAACCGUCGACACGCGGCCAACCCGCCGGGCUUCCACGCCCGCCCUCGAGUCGUCGCCGAGCCCCAAGCGCAAGUUUAGUUUCCGCAAGCUCUUCCGCAAAGAGUCAUCGUCGUCGGCGCCGUCGCCGCGCAAGAGCCACGAGUGCCGGCACUGCGGCCGUGCGCUCUGAGGCAACCCGACCCCUAAUUUAAUCCGCCAAGAGACGUAUUUAUUCCUA